AUGGAUAUCGACGACAUCCUGCGCGAGGUCGACCCGACCGAAAAUGCGAUUCCAGACGAGACACGCGAUCUCCAAAUGUUGACACGCGCCUGGACAGCUGAGAGAUCGGCCCCUGAAUUGCUCGACUGGCCGGCAGACGGUCUAUUCGAACGCAUCAACGAGCGCAUAAAAUCGCAGAUAGAGACCAUCGAAGACAUGACGGGCGACAUGGAUCCCAAGACAAACUUCGCCCUCAUCGUCCUGCAAACCGAGCUCGAGCGCUUCAAGUUCCUCGUACGUUCGUACCUGCGCGCCCGCCUGGCCAAGAUCGACCGCCACACGCUGCACUACCUCUCCUCGGCCGCCAUGAGGUCGCGACUAUCCCAGACCGAGCUUGCGUACGCCACGCGGCAUCAGGCCCUGCUGCAUAAUCAUUAUCUGAGUAGCUUCCUAGGGAGUUUCCCAAACAAUCUGCAAAACCUAAACGAUACAAGCGGAAACAUCACAAUGAUUGAUGCGCCGGAUGUGGAAUGUGCCGUCUUCGUGAGAUUGCUUCGGGACGGCAUGGUCCAGGGCAAGGGUGUGGACGCCGAUGGUAUACAGGAGGGCAAGGUUGGAAACAUAUACAUACUACGAUGGUCAGACGCCAAACCAUUAGUGGAUAUGGCGAGGGCUGAGUUGGUAUGA